AUGGAUAAUAAUAAUCAAAAAGGUUCUAAUACUAUUCAUUUUACCAACGACGAUUAUAAUCAUCAUAAUAAUAGCACAAACGAAGAUGCUGACGGAUAUACAAUUAAUCGUAUAAUUGAACAAAAUGCUCAUACCAUUCAAAACACUAAUAUUAAUGAACUUACAAUUUCUAAAUUAAUUGAACGUAAUCAACUUUCGGUUUUGGGGGGAGCUGGUAAAAAUAGAGUGAUGGGUCAAAAAAUUAAUCGAGAACUUAAUGCUACGGCUAGAGCGGUUGAAAGGAAUCAACUCACAAUUCAUAGUUUACAAGGAAAUGAUGGAAUCAAUUUCAUUGAUUCACCAACCGUCAAACGAAAAGAUUCCAAAGUUAAAUUUCAAGUUUAUCUGGAUUACUUUAGAAAAUCGACUGGAAUGACUAUUACUUUUUUGACAAUUUUAUCAUUUAUUUUAAUUGCUAUUACGAAAAUUGUUAGCGAUUGGUGGUUAACUAAAUUAGUAGGAACAAAUGAAAAUUCUAAUUAUGGUGUCCUUCUUGGUGUAUAUGGAGCUCUAGUGGGUACAAUUCUUAUUGGCGUUUUCUUACGAGGUGCAUUUUUCGCUUGGGUGGUUAUGCCCAUAUCAGCUGUUGUGUUAAUCGCUAUAAUUUGGGUUAUUAUUCAUUAUUCGAAAGGAGUGGAAAAAAGGUUUAAAGCUUUAGAUGCUGAUAGUAAAGCACCAAUUUUUGCUCAUUUAUCCGCUUCACUUGAAGGAUUGGCUAAUAUUUGCGUUUAUAAAGCACAACCGAGAUUUGAUUCUUUAAAUCUUGAAAAAAUUGAUGUUAAUAAUAAAGUAUUAUUUGCUAUGAUGCAAGUUAAAGCCUGGCAAUCAUUAUACAUUGAUAUAAUAGCAUCCAUCUUUAUUUAUACCACUGCUUUAUUCGUCGUUGUUUUUCAUAACAAAAAUAAUAUUAGUCCUUCUAUAGCAGGUUUGGCUGUAGCUAGUGCUUUACAAUUAUUAAUUUUUGGUCAAUGGACAAUUCGAUCGGGACGUGACGUGGCUGCUAUUAUGGGAAGUGUUCAACAAUUAUUGUAUUUCCGUAAAAAUAUUCCAUCCGAGGCACCUAAUAUUAUUGAAUCAAAUAGACCUCCACAAAAUUGGGGUGAACCAGUUCUAAAAAGUGUUUCUUUCCAUGUUUUACCUCGAGAAAAAAUUGGAAUUGUAGGAAAGACAGGAUCUGGAAAAUCGACUUUACUCGUAAGUUUAUUGAGAAUUGUCGAAUUAUCUGAAGGUCAAAUUUUGAUCGAUAAUCUGGAUACUAGUACUAUUGGAUUACGUGACCUAAGAAACAAAAUUGCCAUAAUUCCUCAAGAACCCGUAAUAUUUGUUGGAACUAUUCGAUCAAAUCUUGAUCCAUUUAAAAUAUGCACAGAUGAAGAAAUUUGGGAUGCACUUAAAGCGGUACAUUUAGGUGAAAAAGUGAAAUCAAUGCCCGAUAAAUUAGUUACUCAAGUUUUAGAGAAUGGCAAAAAUUUUUCAUUGGGACAAAGACAAUUAUUUUGUAUAGCGAGAGCACUUUUAAAGAAAACAAAUAUUUUGGUUUUAGAUGAAGCGACCAGUGCGGUUGAUCCCCAAACUGAUUUAUUAAUUCAGGAUACUAUCAAAAAAGUUUUUAGAGAUCAUACAAUAUUAACGAUUAACACAAUCAUGGAAGCGGAUCGAAUAUUAUGUUUGGAUGAAGGGCGAGUAGUAGAAUUUAAUACACCCACAAAUUUAUUAAAUAACCCUGAUGGAUUUUUUUGCAAAUUAGUUUCUCGGAGUGGACCAGAUGCCGCAGAAAGACUUAGAAGUCUUAUAUCUCUACAUCAUAAAGAUAAAAAUAAGGAAUUCAGUAGUAUUAAGAAUGAUGAAACAAUAACAAAUACCGCAGUAACUCCUCCACCUACUCCAAUUAGUCCUUAUCCAAAUAUGCCACCAUCAUUAGGUGAUGAUAAAAAAUGGAUGGAUAAAAAGGGGUGUAAAUGA